CAGCAUUAGGACACCCUGCCUCUUCCCCACUCCCUACACUCUUCAGUCACAUGUCAGCUUCACCAGCUGCAGCCAUGCCAGCAGACUUUAGUGGAAAAUGGAUACUGGAAUCCAGUGAGAAAUUUGAGGAUUACUUGAAAGUACUGAAUAUUGACUUUGCUACAAGGAAAAUUGCCAUCUCCCUAUCUCAGACCAAAGUGGUUUUCCAAGAUGGGGACAAGUUUGACUUCAAAACACUGAGCACCUUUAGGAAUUAUGAGCUGGCCUUCACUGUAGGGGUGGAGUUUGAUGAGUACACCAAGGGACUAGACAACAGAAAUGUCAAGAGUCUGGUGAAGUGGGAUGGGGACAAGCUUGUGUGUACUCAGAAAGGCGAGAAGGCCAACCGUGGCUGGAAGCACUGGACUGAAGGAGACAAACUCUACCUGGAGCUGACAUGUGAAAGUGUAGUUUGUCGUCAGGUGUUCAAGAAAAAAGAAUAAUAAAGUCAAUGCUUCUAAAUGAACGUGACAUGUUUUGUUAAAUAUAUAAGCAGAAUGAAUCGAUGAAUAAAGAUGCUUUGAGAACCA